GAGGUGUACCUGAGGCGAGUGGCCAUGUGCAUGGGGCAGGCAGCAGCGGCAGCCAUGCAACGCCCGCCCACCUCCCUCUCCACCUCUGAACCUUCUGUCAGCACCACGCCCACUGCAAGCAGCAGCAGCAGCAGCAGCAGCAGCAGCAGCGCAGGGGGCAUGUCGCUGCUGUUUGUGACGGGUGGGGAGGUGCCUGUGGUGCGGUCGCUAGAGGAAUCUCUCGGCACCUCGCUGCACGAGAUGCCCAUCGAU